AUGGCGUCAAGUAUGAAGGAAAAGUUUGAUAAAUAUUGGAGUGGCUUGCAUGAAAUUCUAGCUGUUGCAACUAUAUUGGAUCCUAGAUACAAGAUGAAACUAGUUGAAUACUAUUUCCCUUUGAUCUUUGGAGAUGAAGCACAGGAAGAGGUUGAAAAGGUUAGAGCAUUUGGUCAUAAGUUGCUCAAAGAGUACAAGAGACCACAUCGUUCGACAGAAAAUACAUCUUUGUUUCCGUCAUCUUCACAAUCAGAGUCGUCUACUACUAGUGGAAAAUAUUCUCGCAUGGCUGGUUUUGAUACAUUUGUUAGCCUUUCUGUUACUGCUGAUCAUGUAAAAACAGAAUUCGAUGUUUUUCUAGAUGAGCCAGUAUUGCCUAGGGUGGACGGUUUUGAUCUAUUGACAUGGUGGAAAGCAAAUUCAAUAAAAUAUCCGACUUUACAGAAGGUUGCAAGAGAUUUAUUAGUCAUUCCAGUAUCUACUGUUGCAUCCGAGUCAGCAUUUAGUACAAGUGAAAAUUUUGGUCCUUCAUCAUAUUCCGGAGCUUGUGCAAAGUUUGAUGACGAGGAUGUUGACGAAGAGGAAUCGACUUUGAGUUUUGACGGAUGCCAGUAA